GAGGAGGAGAAGGAGAAGGAGGAGAAGAUGGAGGAGAAGAUGGAGGAGAAGAUGGAGGAGGAGGAAAAGCAGGAGGAGAGGGGGAAAGCGGAAGUGGUCGCUGAGGCAUUGCGGGGCGACGUCGAGGGAGGUGAAGGCGCUCAAAGUUGUGAGGGAGGCGAGGGGCAGCAGCAGCAGGAGGUGGUGAUGUCGGUGGAGGUGGCGGCCGUGGCCACGUCGCGCGAGGAGGAAGACCGGCAGCAGCAGGACGACGAGGAGGCAGAGGCGAUGGCUCUGAUGAUGGAGGCAGAGGCGCUGGGUGUGGAAGAGGUGGUGGAGAUCACCUACGAGGGGCCUGGCGUCACCUACUCACAGCUGGACAUGAAUCGCUACUGGGCCGAGUGUCCCUUCUGCCUCAAGAACAGCGACGGCCACACUUACUGCAGCCACUGCGGUGCCCAGCUGCCUGCCAACACCGUCAAGCGGCUUAAACCCGCACCCCAACAACACCAACAACAACAUCAACAACAUCAUCAUCAUCAGCAGCAGCAGCAUCACCACCACACGGCGUUUGGGUUUCAUGGCGGCCGCCCCCUCUCCCUGAGCCGCCCCUCCCCACGCCAGGGCCAUGCUCACCCCUCCGGCCACGCGUCGCCGUCGUUUGGCCCCCGCGGGCCCUUCCGCUCCUCCACGGGCGGCCGCCUCCCCGCGCUUCGCACCCCGGCCCAGCAACCCCAGCAGAGGGCAGCCGCCUCUCAGCUGCUGCUGCACCACUCCCUGAUGCAGCAGCAGAGGGGCGGUCCUAGGGGAGGGGGCGUGGGGGGUUCUGCCGCUUGCUCCGCUGCAUCGCCCAGAGCUAUCCCGCACUAUGACCGGCACCACCAGCAGCAGCAGCAGCAGCUACGCAACUACCACCACCACCAGCACCACCAGCACCACCAGCAGCAGCAGCACUCCCUCCUGCGUGCCGGGCGAGGGGCCGCGCUGGUGGGGGCCGGGAGGGCCAGGGGUGGCGCCGGGGGUGGGGCGGCUCUAAUGGCGGCCGCGGGGGGCCGGGGAGGCCGUGGGGUGGGGCAGCUGCCGCUGGGUGGGGGCCACCAGCGAGGCGCCCAGGGUUCUUUCUCCAGCUGCUGGCCCCCCAAUGGAGCCAUGAAGCCACCAGGUUUUGUGGGGGGCUCCCCGCACCCCCACCACGCCUUUUCCUCCCUGCGCCUGCAAUGCAAUGGGGGGCGUCUUGGCCCCCCUCUUCACGGCCGCCCUUUGCCCCUCACCCCGAUCCACAGCAAGCCUGACGAGCCCAUUGUGCUGUCCAGUGGCGAUGAGGACGACGACGAGGUUGAGAAUAAAGAGGGGAACCACGGCAAGAAACCAGCGGGGAAGGAGGGAGAGGAGCAGAAGGAGGAGGAGCAGAAGGAGGAGGGGCAGAAGGAGGAGGGGCAGAAGGAGGAGGGGCAGAAGGAGGAGGAGGAGGAGCAGCAGCAGACGACGGAAGAUAAGACACAGGAGGUGGAGGAGGAGGAGGAGGAGACUGCAGUGGUGAGGGUGAAGGAGUCAGGUGAGGAGAACGGGGAAGAGGAGGCAGCAGCAGCGAAGCACGACGAGGUGAGUGAGGAGGAGGCGGCCGUUUCGGCUCCUCCUCGGUGCGACGAGGCGGAGGAGGGAGAGGCGGGGGGGGAAGGGGAGGAAGAGGUGGAGGGGGAGGGCACGGUCAGCGCAGCGGCCGCCACGCAGGGACGUCAAGAGAUCCUCGGCGACGACGACGACGACGAGCUGCAGCAGCAGCUCCUGCUGCUGCAGCAGCACGAUGACGACGAUGAUGAGGAGGAUGAGGAGGAAGACUUUGAUGAGGAGGAGCUGGAUGAUGAAGAGGAGGAGGAGUGUGCUGUGUGCGGCGAGGAGGGUUGCGAGGAGUGCGGAGCCGGUGAGGAGGAGGAGGAGUUGGAGGAUGAGGAGGAGGAGGAUGAGGAGAUCUGUAACGACUGCGAAGAGGGAGAAUGCGCUCGGCAUGCAGAGGAGGAGAUGGAUGAGGAGGAUGAGGAGGAGUUUGACGAUGAAGAUGAAGAGGAGGAAGAGGAGGAAGAGGAGGAAGAAGAGGAAGAAGAGCCAGAGGAGGAGGAGGAGGGGGCGAUUCUGGCACUGGACGAGGGGAGUGGUGGUGGCGAGAGCGACACCGAGGGUGGCAAACGCAAGGCUGCUGCCUCCCUGCUACGGUGCCGCCAGGCCAAGCGCGCGCGCGGCGUGGUGCAUCCGCACCUGCUGCCUGCAGUGUCGCCAUGGCGACAGCGCGCCCUGUCGCCACGGCGACGCGUGCUGCUGGACUGUGCUGCGGUGUACGUGGGUGGAGAAGAGCACCGUCCAGCGGGGCCCGUCACGGUGUCGGUGAUCUCAGUGGACAUUCCAAUAGCAGUGGGUGAGGGGCGUGCCCCCCGCGUGCUCUCGCUGCCCGCGCGCUCCCUCUGUUCAUGCUCUGUGAACACGGCGGAGCCGCAGGGCCCCAGCCUGCUGCUCGCCCUGGAGCCGAGCCUGGCGCUCAGCGUCCACUCACAGCUCCUCAGCUGGGCUGGCCUGGACAGCGUGGAGGCGACUGAGCCCCCCGAGCGCGUUGUGACGCUGGUGGUGGAGGCGCCGCUGCCCCCGGCGUCGCUGCGCCUGUUGCAGGAGCUGCUGCUGGAGGUGGCGCGCCGAAACGGUGGCCCCCCACCCCCCCAUCACAACUUCUCGUCGUCGUCGCGCGUCCCGGGGGGCCUGGCCCCCCACUCCCCGCUGGCGCCGCACCCCACCUCGGCACACGGUGCCCUAACGCUCGCCCCCGCCCAUCAACACCACCAGCAUCACCAUCAUCAGCAUCAUCACCAUCAGCACCACCAUCAGCACCAUCAGCAUGCCGUGGCUGCGUACGUUGCGGCGGGGUUUGCGGAGCCUCCCUACGGACCUGGUGGGGGGCGCCCGCCACAUGGAUUCCAGCACGGGGUGGGAGUUCCGUGGCCGGCCGACUUCUCCGUUCUGCAGCUGCGCCAGGGUGGGCACUACGCCAGUGAGUUGAUGCCGGCCUCCUCGUCGUCGUCGCCGGCGCCGCCCUUCGCAGUGCCUGCCGACAGCAGCCAGCGCAGCAGCAGCAACAUCCCUGUGCAGAGGCUCAUCAUCUAUCCCCCGCCACCCACCAAGGGUGGCCUGAGUGUCACCACGGAGGACCUCCUCUGCCUGGAGCCCGGAGAGUUCCUCAAUGACAUCAUCAUCGACUUCUACCUCAAGUUCCUCGUGAGUAGUGAGCGCAUGAGCCGUGAGGACUCGGACGGGAUCCACGUUUUCAGCACCUUCUUCUACAAGCGCCUGCUGCAGACGGAGCGCGUGCUCACAGAGCACAUGGCCAGCCUCACCCUGGCCCAGCGGCGGCAUGCACGCGUGAGGACGUGGACAAGGAGAGUCGAUCUCUUCAAGAAAAACUUCAUCUUCAUCCCCAUCAAUGAGGAGCAUCACUGGUUUCUCGCUGUUGUUUGCUUCCCGGGCCUGGAGUCGCCGACGUUCGAACCAAACCCCAACCAUCACGAGCCGAGCCCAAGCCAUGGAGAGGAAAGCCCCGGGUGUGGAGAGCAGAGCCUGAGCCACGGAGAGCAGAGCCUGAGCCACGGAGAGCAGAGCCCGAGCCACGGAGAUCAGAGCCCCGAGCGUGGGGAAGAGAGCCCCAAGCGUGGAGAGCAGAGCCCCAAGCCCGGAGAGCAGAGCCCCAAGCGUGGAGAACAGAGCCCCAAGCGUGGAGAACAGAGCCCAAAGCGUGGACUGCAGAGCCCCAAGCGUGGAGAGCAGAGCCCCAAGCCCGGAGAGCAGAGCCCCAAGCGUGGAGAACAGAGCCCAAAGCGUGGACUGCAGAGCCCCAAGCGCGGAGAGCAGAGCCCGAGCCUUGGAGAGCAGAGCCCGAGGUGUGGAGAGCAGAGCCCGAGGUGUGGAGAGCAGAGCCCGAGCCUUGGAGAGCAGAGCCCGAAGCGCGGAGAGCAGAGCCCGAGCCUUGGAGAGCAGAGCCCCAAGCGCGGAGAGCAGAGCCCGAGGUGCGGAGAGCAGAGCCCGAAGCGCGGAGAGCAGAGCCCGAGCCUUGGAGAGCAGAGCCCCAAGCGCGGAGAGCAGAGCCCGAGCCUUGGAGAGCAGAGCCCCAAGCGCGGAGAGCAGAGCCCGAGCCUUGGAGAGCAGAGCCCGAAGCGCGGAGAGCAGAGCCCAAAACGUGGAGAGCAGAGCCCGAAACGUGGAGAGCAGAGCCCAAGCCUAGGAGAGCAGAGCCCGAAGCGCGGAGAGCAGAGCCCGAGCCUUGGAAAGCAGAGCCCGAAACGCGGAGAGCAGAGCCCGAGCCUUGGAGAGCAGAGCCCGAGGCGCGGAGAGCAGAGCCCGAAAUGUGGAGAGCAGAGCCCAAAACGCGGAGAGCAGAGUCCGAAGAGCGGAGAGCAGAGCCCGAAGAGCCGAGAGCAGAGCCCGAGGCGUGGAGAGCACAGCCCAAAACGCGGAGAGCAGAGCCCGAAGAGCCGAGAGCAGAGCCCGAAGAGCCGAGAGCAGAGCCCGAAGAGCCGAGAGCAGAGCCCGAAGAGCCGAGAGCAGAGCCCGAAGAGCCGAGAGCAGAGCCCGAAGAGCCGAGAGCAGAGCCCGAAGAGCCGAGAGGAGAGCCCAAAACGCGGAGGGCAGAGCCCGAAGAGCCGAGAGCAGAGCCCGAAGAGCCGAGAGCAGAGCCCGAGGCAUGGAGAGCAGAGCCCUGUGACCCCCCACAGCACCAGAAAUGGGAAUGGCGGUGGCACUCAUAAUGGCUGUGGCAGCACUAAAGGGGCAGAUACUUGUAGUGCUGGUGACACUGAUGGGGCUGGCGCUGCUGGUGUUGCCUAUGGUGCAGAUGGAUGCGGUUACAGCGGGAGUAUCGAUGGUGGUGCUGAUGGCACUGCUGUGAAGAACAGGUCUAGUGACGGCGUUGAUGGAGGUGGUGGUGGCAAUGUUGGUGCCUAUCCCUCCGCCUGCCCUUCGCAAACCUACCCUUGUGAUGCCCACUCGCCACAGCCUCUCCACCAGCUUUGCCAGCCAAGCUCGGACUCGCCGCACGAUGCAGCGGCCACAGUGGCGGGCACAGUAACCUGCAAUCUUGGCGAGGGGCAACGAGACAAUGUAAGGGAGAGGGAGGGAGACGGUGGGGAGGAGGGAACCAGCAGUAGGGAGAGUGAGAGAGACAGGGCCACAGAGGGAGACAGUGGGGUGGAUGAGGGAGGCAGUGGGGAGAUUGAAGGAGGCACUGUGGAGAAGAAGGAUGAGAGUGGGGAGGAGGAAGAGAGUGGGGAGAAGGAGGAAGAGAGUGUGGAGAAGGAGGAAGGCUGUGUGGAGGAGGGAGGGAGCGUGGAAGGGGGAGAGAGCAGGGAAAAGGAGGGAGGAAGUGGGGACAGGGAGAGAGACACAGGCUACUGGAUGGAAGACAUCGGGGAGAGGGAAGGAGGCCACGUCCAGGAGAAAGGCAGCAGUGGGCGGAGGGAUGGAGAGAGUGGGGAGGAAGAGGGGAGCGAUGCAAGUGGACAGGGCAUCAUCAUUUUGGAGACACGGUCACUUUGCACGGAGGAGGGGAUGAUAACAGAGGAUAAGGGGGAGGUGGAGAGGGGGAAGGAGGAGGAGGGGAUGGAGGAGGUGAAGGAACCAGAUGAGAAGGACGUGGAGAUGGAGGAGGUGAAGAGACAUGAGGGGAAGAUGGAGGAGGUGAAGGGGGCAGAGGAGGUAAUGGAGAAGACCAUGAAGGAGCAGAGUUUGGAGGCGAUGGAGGGGGUAGAGGAAGAUGGGGCGAAUGAAGUGGAGGAGUCGGCUAUUGUCAUUACGGAGAUUCGCUCUGUGGCCAACGAGUUUGAUCAGCGAGGAGGAGGUGAGGAUGAGGAAAUGCAGGACAAGGAGGUGGAGCUGCGAGCCAGUGUUGUGGGCAUAGGCCGGGCUGACGAGUUGGAGGAGGAACAGCAAAGAGGUGAGGGAUGUAGGGACCAGGGUGAGUGGGUGCGGCAGACUGGGUAUGGAGACCGGGUGAAGGAGAAUGAGGAGGUGGCUCAACGAGGUGGUGGUGAUGAAAGAGAAGACAUGAGAGAUGAGAUGAGGGAAAUUGAUGAGCAAGGGGGUGCAGUAGAUAGAAACCGUACUGAUGAGGUAAACAUCCCGGAGGUUGAGCAGCAACUAGGUGGAGGAGGAGGUGGAGGCACCCAGGAUGAUGAGAUGAAGCUGCCAGGAGGCGAUGGUGAUGAUGAAGUUGAUGCGGCACAAAGAGGAGGUGGCACAGACGAGGAAGUGGAGCAGCACGGUGGAGGAGGUGAAGAGGGCCGGGUGGCGGUUUCGAGUCGUCUGAUGGCCGUGCUGCUCCAAGCUUGUGGUGGAGAUGGAUCCAAGAAGGGGGGAGAGGAGCCAGCCGAUGGGGGUGAUGUCGCUGUCAGUCUGAUGGAUCUCGAUGCUCGGGCCCGAGAGAUGGAGGCAGCACAGAGGGGCAGCCCCUCCUCUCCGCCCCUGGACCAGUGCUACAACAAUUUUGACACCCACUCGGACCAAGACAACGAAGAGAGAAACGAGGACGAGGAGGAGGAGGACGAGGAGGAGGAGGAUGAGGAGGAGGAUGAAGAUGAGGAGGAUGAAGAUGAGGAUGAAGAUGAGGAGGAGGAGGAGGAUGAGGAGGAGGAUGAAGAGGAGGAGGAGGAGGAUGAAGAGGAGGAGGCCUGGCAUGAAGACGACCAUGACUACACGUCACAGUUCAUGCACAACGGGCUUGCACAGAACCCACAGAUCUGCAAACAACCGUGCAUCCUACUUAUGGACUCGCUUCGUGGUCCAAACCGAGACCACGUGUUCGACACCAUCUGGGAGUACUUGGAGGAGGAGUGGGAGGCAAGGCGGGGCACGCGGAGGCGCUUCAGCAGGGACACGAUGCCCGCGUGCUCCGUGCUGCUGCCUCAGCAGGACAACUUCAGCGACUGCGGUGUCUUCCUGCUGCAAUACGUUGAGAGUUUCCUCAAGACGCCCGUGACAAGUUUCGACCUCCCCAUGCGCCUGGACGGGUGGUUCCCCCCGGCCGCCACUCGCCACAAGAGGCAGGAGAUCAAAGAGCUCAUCCUGGCCCUGCACCAGCAGCAGAAGGAGCAGCAGCAGCGCAAUGCGUGAAUGCGCCCGCUGCUGCAGCAUUGUCGCAUCGUCGCUCAGCCGGGCCCGACACAGUGUCGUCACUCAGCCGCAGCGUCGUCGUUCAGCCGCCGCGUCGUCGCUCAGCAAACAACGUCAUCGCAAAGCCGCAGCAUCAUCACCUGGACCAGGGGCGGCUGUCUUUUUUUAUAUCAAAGUGCUUUCUCAGGGAAGCGCUGGGUGGGUGUAAGG